AUGAAGGCUGUAGUUCUUGUUUGUCUUGUAGGAUCAGCUUUUGCUAUUCCAACCCAUUCCUUAAACUACAGACUUGGAACCCACGGACAGAAAACUCCAGAAAAGACAGAAGAUAUUAAUUCUGAAGCCUCAAAGGAAGAGAAUGCUGGCUAUGUAGAUCGGGCUGAUUUGCUGCCCCAUCACAACAACCUCAAACCAGAGGUAGUGCUACCAGAUGCUGAGCACAGGGAUGAGCCCCAGAGCACUAGAAAACGUGGAAGAACUGAAAGUGAACAUCAAGUGAAAAAUAGCCUAAAAAGCAUCAAUUUCCUUGUGCUGAGCAAUAAACCAGGUUUGGCUGCUGAUAACCAGGACAGUGACUCUGGAAGCAGUGGCAGAGGACAGUCCAGCUCUGAGCGCUACCAGUUCAGGAGGCAGGAGAAACACAGCAGUGCAGCCAAUCCACAUGUUCUGGGCAAUGCAGAAAAUCCAGUGGAUUCUCUCAGUCUUGAUCGUGAGCACAACAUAUGGAAAUAUAAUAAAAAUACAGUUGGCCUAUCAGAAAAAAACAGUGAAAGUGAUGAAGCAGAAGGUGUGGAAGAAGAGGAUGAGGAAUGGGGUGAAGAAACUGAUUACAGAUAUAUGAAGCACAAAGGCCACCAGACAAAUCAAAGUAACCAGUACAAAAGACAGCAAAAUGAAAACAGCAUGCAAUCUGAUGAAAAACUGAGAGAUUCCAGACAACUAAUUUGGAUAACCAAGAGACAAGGUGAGAAAUUUGACCCAGAGGAGGCAGAGGGGGAGAACAGCCAGAAGCAGCCCUAUAAAGAAGAAAUCCUGGCUUCUCAAAAAACCCUGAAUGAAGAUCAAGAUGACAAACAGGAAGGCCAAGAGAGGGGAGACAAUAGCUGGGUAAACUAUAACAGUGAUCACAACACAGUGGUGAAAAGACAAGAUACAGAGGACAGUAAUCUUCAUGAUGAUGUUCAUGACAGUGGUGAUGUUGAGGACAAGAAAGUUCUCAACAAUACCAGAAAAGAAGCAGCCUAUGAGGAAGAGGAGAGAAUCCAGAGUAAUGACCAGGAGAGCACCAGUACUGAGCACAAAAGGAAAGGAACCAAUGAAGAUGAUGUUGCAGUUCAUACAGACCCUGAGGACUACCAGGAUGUCAAGAUUAAAGACCUUAUUGUCUCUGAAAAAGAUGAUUAUUAUUAUGAUCAUGAGCUACCUAAUUCUGACAAUAAGCAACAACUGGAAACACGUAGCUCUGUUCAGAGCAUAAAUUCCAUGGAAAAGGAAGAUAAGGUUAAGACUACAGGCAGUUCCCAUGGCAAGAUGGAAAGUGCAAGCAACACGAGUGAGAAGGCUCUGUUGGACCCAUGUAGGAACUUCCACUGCAAGAGAGGUAAAGUCUGCCAUGCAGACAAACAUGGGAAACCCAGCUGUGUUUGCCAAGACCCUGCUGCUUGUCCUCCCACCAAAGACUAUGAGCAUGUUUGUGGAACAGAUAAUAAGACUUAUGAUGGCACAUGUCAACUCUUUGGCACCAAAUGUCAACUUGAGGGGACAAAAAUGGGACGUCAGCUGCACCUAGACUAUAUGGGCUCCUGCAAAUACAUCCCUCGCUGUACUGAUUAUGAAGUUGAUCAGUUCCCGCUCCGGAUGCGAGACUGGCUCAAAAACAUCCUUAUGCAGUAUUAUGAAGGUGACCUGGGUACUUCUGGAUUUCUAACUGAAAAGCAAAGGAGUAAGGUAAAAAAAAUCUACCAGAAUGACAAGCGCCUUGUUGCUAGUGACCACGAAGUUGAGCUGCUCCUGCAUGACUUUGACAAAAAUUAUCAUUUGUAUGUGUAUCCUGUGCAUUGGCAAUUUCAUCAGCUUGAUCAACAUCCUGUUGACAGAUUAUUAACACAUUCAGAGAUCGCACCUUUGAGAGCCUCCCUAGUUCCCAUGGAACACUGCAUAACCCGUUUCUUCCAAGAGUGUGAUGGAGACCAAAACAAACUCAUUGCUUUGAAGGAAUGGUGCCACUGCUUUGGGAUUAAGGAAGAAGACGUAAAUGAAAGUCUCCUGUUCUGA